CAGCCGAAGAGUAUGCAAGUGUUUUUGAAGCUUUGCUUCGGUCUCGUAUUGCUUGUAGCAAAGUAUGCACCUGGAACUGCGGUUCCUAGUUUAGAUUGCCGAAGGCAGUGUGGUACCGUUGAGAUACCGUACCCAUUCGGUAUCGGACUGGACUGCUCACUCUCUCAAGGCUUCAACAUCAGUUGCAAGGUCCAAGAUGGCGUCUCCAAGCCAUUCAAAGGCGACUUUGAGGUGGUGGACAUUUCCUUGACUCAUGGCACGAUCCGGGUGCUAAAUUACAUCACGGCCUACUGUUACAACACCUCUACAACGAGCAUGAAGUUUUUCGGCCGUCGUGGCUAUGUAGGUCGACCUUCCUCUCUCUACCGGCUCUCUGACGUUCAGAACAGGUUCACCGUCAUCGGGUGCAACGCCCUCGCCUUUAUCUCCGACUACAAUGGCACUGGAUAUCAGGGCUUGGGUGUCGCAACGUGCCGCAACUUGUCAGACUUAGCAGACGGAUUUUGCUCUGGUAUGGGCUGCUCCCAGACUGCAAUACCAAAGAGGAUGUUUUACUACGACACAACCUUCUUGAGAGCGGUCAACACAAGUGAAAUCUGGGAGUUCAACCGCUGCAGCUAUGCGGUACUGAUGGAGGCAGCGGCAUUCAAGUUCAGUACUACUUACAUAAACACCAACAAUUUCAAUGACACAUAUAAUGGAAGGGUGCCUAUGGUUCUUGAUUGGGCUAUGAGAGAUGUGAAGUCAUGUGAUGUUGCAAAACAGAAUAUGACUGGUGCUUAUGCAUGCCUUAGCACCAACAGUAAGUGUGUGGAUUCCACCAAUGAUCAAGGGUACACAUGCAAUUGCACCAAUGGUUAUGAAGGCAACCCUUAUCUUCAAGACGGAUGCAAAGAUGUUAAUGAAUGCAGUCACGACCCAUGCCCUUCAGAUGGUUAUUGUCAAAAUAUCGUUGGAGAAUACCGGUGUUCUUGUCGACUUGGAAAAAAAUAUGUCAACGAAAGCAAUACAUGCAACCCCAAUAUCGGCUUAAUAAUAGGAGUUAUAAUGGGAUUAUUCGGCCUGAUGGUUAUCAUCAUGAUCAUUGUCUUCUGGGGACAGAUGAGAAUUCAAAUGACAAAACUUAACAAAGUUAAGCAGGAGUAUUUUCGCCAGCAUGGAGGCUUGAUUUUGUUUGAUAGGAUGAAAUCAGAGAAAGGUCUUGCUUUUACUAUAUUUUCAGAAGCUCAACUCAUACGCGCCACCGACAACUUCAAUAGUAGCAGAAUACUUGGAAAAGGAGGCCAUGGGACAGUCUAUAAAGGGAUAAUAAACAACAUGCCAGCGGCAAUUAAAAGAUGUGCAGUGGUUGAUGAAAGACAAAAGAAGGAAUUCGGCCAAGAGAUGCUCAUUUUAUCUCAAAUCAAUCACAAGCAUGUUGUCAAGCUCUUGGGUUGUUGUCUUGAGGUGGAAGUUCCAAUUCUGGUAUAUGAGUUUGUCCUAAAUGAUACACUGUUCGAGCUUAUCCAUGGCAAGAACCAAGCAUUGCAAAUAUCCUUCAGUUCUCUCUUAAGGAUUGCUCAUGAAGCAGCUGAAGGACUUAACUUCCUCCAUUCAUUUGCAUCUCCCCCAAUAAUUCAUGGUGAUGUGAAAACUUCCAACAUCUUGCUUGAUGAUAACUAUAUGGCCAAGGUGUCAGACUUUGGAGCCUCCAUACUAGCCCCAUCUGACAAAGAGCAGUUUGUCACAAUGGUUAAAGGUACUUGUGGUUACCUUGAUCCAGAAUACAUGCAAACAUGCCAGUUAACAGACAAAAGCGAUGUGUAUAGCUUUGGAGUUAUCCUUUUAGAGAUUCUCACGGGUCAGUUGCCACUAAAGCUCGAGGGGUCUGAGAAGCAAAGAAGCUUGGCAUUGAUUUUCUUGUCUGCAAUGAAGGAGAAUAACCUAAAUGAUGUGCUGGUUAGCCAUGUAAAAGGCCAACAAAGCACGGAGUUGCUGACGGGACUUGCAGACCUCGCUAAGAAAUGCCUAGAUAUGUGUGGUGACAACAGACCAUCUAUGAAAGAGGUCGCUGAUGAGCUCAACAGAAUGAGGAAACUUUCACUGCAUCCUUGGGUACGGCUCGAUGUUGAUCCAGAAGCAGAAAACCUUCUUGGACGGGAAUCUACUAGUGGGUAUGAAAUAGAAUUAAGUGGGUAUCCUGUGGGUGAAAGUGAGAACCAACCCAUAAAUCCAAGAAGUUCAUAUUAUGCAAGGUGA